AUGAGCCAGUCUUACAGCAAGGACCUGAUGAUAGGUCUGGCUAUUGCCUUCAUCAUCGUGCCUUCGAUAACCUUUGGACUACGGAUAUGGGCGAAAAGCCUCAAGAGGAAUGUGUUCGGGUUGGAUGACUAUCUGUGUUUAGGGGCUUUGGUUGUGGGAAUCGUCUGUUCUGCGUUACAACUCUACGCCGCCAUCGAUGGACAACUUGGCCAGCAUCAGGUGGAUGGGCCUGAUGGGCAGCCUAUCUUGGAUGACCCGCGUUUUCUCGUCUAUGAGAAGACGAAAUUCGCCGUCAACAUCCUAAGCAUCGUCGGUCUAGGUCUAGUGAAAGCGUCGAUUCUCAUCUUCUACAACAGCAUAUUCGGCCAACUGCGCUCUUUCUGCUGGGCCGUCUAUGGGAUGCUUAGCAUCGUCGCCAUAUGGACCGUUUCGUACUUCUUCGCCAACUUGUUCACCUGCUACCCCGUCACGCCGCUCGUGGAAUCCUUCUACGGCAACAAAUGCAUAAACACGAUCCCGAUGUGGCUUUCGGUCGUCGCCACGGAUCUCAUUGUCGACGUGGCGAUUUUGCUCAUGCCGGUUCCCUUGGUUCUGCAACUUCACCUGCCGUUGAAAGACAAGCUGGGAGUGUUGGCGAUGUUCAUGCUUGGUGCAAGUGUUUGCGCCAUCAGCAUCACCCGCCUUGCUACAUUGGUGCAGAUUGCCGCUGAGUUCGUCUACCAUUACAACGACGAGACAUACUACACAUCACCCGUGUUUUUCUGGACCAACAUCGAAAUGGCGAUGGCCGUGGUGUCAGCUUGCCUCCCAACACUGCGACCUAUAUGGACACGUUUUAACCCCCGACGUCAGCACACCAACGGGCCGGAUACGCUGGGAUCAGAGGACAUGGACAAGUUCGUGUCUCUGCUGUCCGCAUUCCUCGCUACGACGGGUCUUACGUCAGGUGCAGCAGUUGACACCCGUUCAGUCGCACAGCAAAUCCAUGAUGAAUUAUCACCACAACUAUCACGGCAAGAUCUCAUCUCCACGGAAGACCCUCCACGAUGGAGUUCUUUUGACGCGCCGGAUCCGGCUGUUGUCGUCAAUGUUGAGACGGAGUCGGACGUUGCGGUCACGGUGAAAUAUUGCACAACAAAAGGCUUCCCCUUUCUAGCCCAAAACGGGGGCAUUGGAUGGGCAACCACCUUCAACCUAGGCGCAAAUGGUGUGCUGAUCAAUCUGGCCCGCCUGAACCAGGUUACUUUCAGCGUCGACAAGACCCAAGCAACCAUUGGAGGGGGCUCGAACAUCAGCAACACCAUCGCCCACGCCUACGCUGCGGGUGCUCUUGUCGAAACGGGCAAUUGCAAUUGUGUCGGCGCGCUGGGAGCUAUCCUCGGUGGCGGCUACGGAAAUCUCAUGGGCCUGUAUGGGUUCGGAGUCGACAACGUCCUUUCGCUACGCGUCGUUACUGCUGAUGGCCAAAUCCGUGAUGUGACCGCUUCCUCCGAUCCGGAUCUAUUCUGGGGAUUCCGGGGCGCAGGCCCCAAUCUCGGCAUCGUGACGUCUGCAGUCGUCAAGUCGUAUCCAGUAGCAGAGGAUGGCAUGCAAGCCUGGACAGGCUCGCUAGUAUUCAGCCCCGACAAGCUAGAAAGCGUCGUCCAGGCCAUCCAAGACCUCGUCCUUGAACCCGAGAUGAACAUAUUCCUGUACUUCCUCUCGCAGGGGCCGCCCGCAAACGAGCCAGCCGUCGUCGCGACCCCCUUCCUGUACAAAGGGAACUCCACAUCCGGCCGCGCCGCCUUCGCCAGCCUGUACGCCAUCGGCCCCGAAUCCGACACCACGACCGUGCUCCCGUACAGCGAGUGGAACUCGGGCAGCGCCGGGUUCUGCACGCUCGGGGCGCGCAAGCCGUCCUACGGCGUCGGGUUCCAGGAAAUGGUGCCCGCGACCUGGAGGCAGGUAUGGGACCUGUACGUCGCGUUCCAGAAGCUGCCGGGCGCGGAGAACAGCGUCGUACUGCUCGAGGCGUACUCGCUUAUCAAGGCGAGGUCCAUCGAUUCGAACUCGGCGGCUUUCCCGCACCGAGAUGUUAACUUUAAUGCGGUAGCUAUACCGUGGUAUAAUGAUACGGCGCUGGAUGGCGAAGCUGAGGCGUUUGGUAGCGCGGCGAGGGAUCUGUGGAGGGUUACGGAUGGGUUGGCUCAGAAUUCUACUUAUAUCAACUUCGCUCACGGCGAUGAGGCGCUGCAGGUGGUAUAUGGAAGCAGUGUCUCUCGACUACGGUCUAUCAAGAAUCGCGUUGAUCCUAAGGAUUGGUUCAACCAGUGGUUUAACAUCACAUAA